AUGACUCGCCUUGGGAUGAACAAGCUCAGCUCUAGUACGAGCUCCUCCGCUACUCUGCCAAACCGGGUUUCUACUAAGCCGCAUCGUCGCAACAAAUCAAAAGAAGCUACUGAUCGCAUCUGGGUCCCACCGAAACCUUCGUAUAACCGAACCCAUCGCUUGGUCUCGAUGUCUUCAAUAGGCGAUUCCGAUAUCGAAGCGGAAACAAACCUCCAGACUAAGGUCAGUCGGCAAGUCACCGUGACCCGCCCUUCACGGUUUCGCAGUCUGCGAAAAUUAACUUUGCGCAAUCGACCCGGUGGUGCUCCUUGUCGCCAAGCCAGUUCUUCGACAAGGCGUCGGGCUAUCGGUGUUUUUAAGCGAUUAUCAUGUCACCCUCAUUACUCGGCACCUCCGGCACCCCCUGGGAAACCCAGAACAAAGGCUUUAGCAGCAGACUAUUCAAGCUAUAGUGAAUUUUCGCCAGCGCCAAAGACUUUCGGAGGCCUAAACGAAAGGUGUGACGACAGGGUUGGGCCAGAAAAGCAGGUAGGAUCAGAAAGCUCAAAGGUCGAAUACUUUGAGACGGUCAUCCUGCAAUUGACCUCGCAUGAUCAUCUGGAGACGAAUCAAUACGAAAAUACAACUGGUAUCAUUCCAUGGUUAACUCAAGUUGCUUCAUCUCGGAGAAAAAGUAACCCGGAUCUUCUCGAAGUAGAGAUGGAUGGAAUGAAGAAAUUCAAUCGCAAAGCCUCGAAAAGCCUUUAG